UGAAGCCGGCCACGCCAUUUCGAAAAUAAUCAAUCUUAGGUUGUAGGGAUUCUUUAGUAACGAAAAUGUGUUUUCAUCCUUAAAAAUAAAAACUAAUAGUGAAAACCUAUUAUCAUAGCCUAAUAUUGCUUCUUUGAAUUUCGAAACCACCAUGCUCCCAAAGUUGUCAUCCCGCCGGACCUGCCAAAGUUAUACCACGAAUUCUCGAAUAAUACCAGUGGUGUGGGUUUCAAAUCAGUAGCAGUCAAUAUCAAAAUUGAAUUGUCUUUCAUAUUUUAUGUGUGUUUUGCAUUUACUAAUGCUCAAAACUAGAAUUAAUCCAUGUUGAAUACAUCACUACCAUUGGUGUUCUUUGUCACCCUGUUCCACUAAAUUUAAUAUUGUUUAAAAACAAGACCGAGUCGGCAUCUAAAUAAACCAACAAAAUGUGCAAAAAUGCACAGACUAUAACAUAUAAAAGUGUUAAAGCUCAGCUAAUUGGGGCUCAUUGUCAAUUUUCCUUCCAAAGUUGAAAUUUAAAGUUUUGGGUACCAAACAGUCUUGAACAAAAACAUUCAUAGUUGGUAAACCUACCGCAGAUGGGCUCAUAAAAGGUGUUCAUCAUAAUAAAAAUUAAAUUUUCUUUCCCGAUAAGCAUGUUUUAUUGCAGUUUCGGUGUCAUAAGAUAUAUUUUUUUGGUCUAGAAUGUGAGAGCUACCUUGCUGCCAAAAGUCACACUGUAACAAUCAAUGGAAUAUUACUAAGAAAUAAAACCGAGUCGGCAUCUAUUUAUCGUACAAUAAUAUACAAAAUUAAAUUUUAUAUCUGCUGGUGUAAGGUUUUAUACAAAAUAAAUUGGGGCUCAGUACGAAAUUCGAUGUUCAAAUCUGCAGACCAUGAUUAUCACCUGCAGCUGCGCACAGUUUACUGUACUGCUAUCGCUAGCGAACGCCAGCGCUCUCAUUUGAUUGGUUUAACGGCGUGUUCGUUGCUGACGGAGAACAUCCCUGAUUUUUGAAUUUGUUUUGAUUAGGCCGAUUAGGCACAUUGGAAUUCGGUUAAAAUUCAAUUUAAAAUUGUGCAGCUUGUUGAUGGUAGAAGUUGUGAAGCGCAUAACAUAAAAGAAUUGUGUAGAGAUUGUAUGGGGUGUUGGCGUUUUUGUAGUUUCCUUUUUCUUGUGCUCUUUUGAGAUCUUUGCAGGGGUUGGAAAUUUGCAAUCACAAUGCCACCAGGACACAGUGUUUUUUUUUUUGUUUUCAUGCCACAAUUAUGGGCAACACGGCAGGGCAAAGUUUGCCUCAAGUCCUGGCUCGUUCGUAGCCUUGAUUUGCAUUCAAGAAAGCAGGUCUGUGCCCGAAUGGAUGCUGCACAUUUUUGAUAUUCUUCAAAGCAAUCGAGGUUCAUUUGCCGAUGCUGCAUGGAGUAUGCGAAGCAAAGCAGUGUCAUGCUGACGCGGAGACGAAGACGUGAGUAUGAAACAGACUACAAUACUUGGCAAAAAGGUUGUAUCUGGCGGUGGUUCUGGAGACAGCGCGGUUCGAUCCAGCUGUGGGCCGGACGUCACCCAGCAGAAAUGGCAGCGUGUUAUCACCAGCUACGAGGCGCGCAUACAGACAUUGUCCAGAAACAAUCAGGUCAUCUCCAGAGCGCCACGCGACCACGAUGGGACUGCCAACGAUGGCCUGCUCACCGACAGCUCCCGCCAGCCAACGGGCUUCCGCCAGCCAACGGCGUUCUGCUCGCCGAUGGUGGCCCGACGACCGACGGUCGCUCGCCGGCCGAAGGUGAUCCGGUAGCCGAACGAGACUCGCCGACCUACGCCGAUCGACGCCGGCCCGCCCGCCUACGGCGCCCUGCCAGCCGACCGCGUCCCGCUCGCCGACGGCGUCGAUACGCCGGCGCGCGUGUCGACAUUGAUCAGAAACGAUCACAUUAUGUCCAGGUCAUUAGUCGCGGGCGCUCGAGCUGACGGUGUCGUCUGACGGCUCCACGGUGACCAGCGCCGCCUCCGCCGAGAACAUCCGACUCCUGAAAUGCUAAUGGCCGUACACGAACAAGAGGCUCUAAACAUCCAGGUGCAGGAUAAGCGCCAUGCUCAGAGGCGUCAUCUGGAGAAGGCCGCACAGUGCACUUAAGGCUGAGCUCGGGUGUAGUGCGCGCAGACAGAUAUGAUCAACUGACGGGCCGGCCAUCAGAUUUCAGUACGGAACUCAAGAUGAUUGGAGCCGACGUGGUUCGGUUGAUAGUGUGUCAGGGUUGAUUGAGAGUGGAGGCGAAACACCCGGAUCUGUGAAUGAUACGCCGAUACGGAUCUCGACGUCGUCUCGCAAUUUGUGCUAUGUAAUAUGACGGCUAUGCCGUGGUAUCAUUCACUCUCGAUGCGCUAAUAAAUAAUAAAUAGGACAGAGACCGGAAUUAAGAUUAUUAUAUUUGGAUGUAAGGGGCAGGUUUUGGCCAGCGCUAUAUUAGAAAUCGUGAGCGUGCUAGUUGCAAUCAAUCGCGCGCUUCUUGCUGAGCAUCUGUGAGCGAGAAAAUACUUUCUCUGGAACGUUCGUCGUAAAAUAUGUGUAUCUUUGGAAUAAGUUGUCAGAACAUGAAUGCAUUUUUGGUGUCCACUGCAGCUGCUGUUCUGGAACAGAAACAUGCCGAGAUCGGCUGUGUAGGUAUGUACUAUGUACGCUGUGGCAAAAUCAAGCAGCCGUACCAUGAAUCAAAAGCGAUAUGUGAAUUAAAGUGGAUAUAUUUCA